GAAAUGACUGAUCGACUGAGACAAACUUACAGAAAUGCUUUGUAUCAGAUUGCUCGCAAUCUCGAUGAAGAACAGCAAAAAGGACUUCAGUUUCUUUGUGUUGAACACGUCCCAAGACGAAUUAAGGAACUUCUUGACCUUUUCUUUGCUCUGGAGGAAAAUAAGAUGAUGUCGUGGAUCGACGUUUCCUACCUGAAGAAAUGUUUGGACGAAAUUGGAAGAAAAGAUUUAGCUGAAUUAUUAGCGAAGUUCGAGGUAAAAAGAAACAUGUCUAUUCUUCUUAGUUUCUACGUCAAGAAGAGGAAUGGACAGCAUUCUUUUGAUGAUGACGACCGGUUAUCAGCGACCGAGUUGGCGGAGUAUCUCGUGCAAUUGAUGGAAGGAUUUGAGGGAAACGUUGAAAUAAGAGACAUAAUGAAAAGCUCAGAUGGUGAUAAUAAGAAAGAUCUUUGGCUGAAAUUUGUCGACGAAUGUACCGCAUGGAGCUCAAGAAAGACAUGGAGUAAGUUCUCUAUGCUCGUUGCCCUUGCCGGGGAAACCAUUUGCGCUUCAGCAUCAAUUCACCCUGGAGGAAACUCAGAAGAAGCCAUAAUGGAUAUCUGCAUAACAUUGGCAGAUGAGCUAUGUUGUCCAAUGCUUCAGCUUGGAGGCUGGGUAAAUCAAAUCACUAUGUAUUAGGUGCUAUGAAUAUAAUGUAAUACAAAAGCACUAGUAUUCUGUUGAUUUUAUCUAGCUUCAGCGACUAGCAAAAAAUCGAAACUUUUCGAUACGAAGUUUGAAUAUUGAAAGUGAAACUUAAUCUUAACUAAUAUCUUUACUAAGUGACUAAUGAGCUCAAAGUUUCUCUCUGAAACCAGAAAACUAUUAAAAGAGAAACGAAAUUGAUACUGGACCAAUUCGGCAAAGGAUUGAGUCGUUUUCAAGUUCCAAAUUUGAAGAAUCAGCUGUUUCAGAGAAGUUUAUAAGCGCACAAAAUUUAAAUUGUAACGUAGUCGAUGCGCCAUGGUUUAACUUGGUAGAUUUUGCUGCUAAAAUUACCAAAGAAAACUUAAUCAAUUAGAAUUUAUCUGGCGGUAUGUUUAAAAAACUUGUAAUAAGUACGGUUAAUUGUCUGCCACAAGGCAUGUAGAAGCUGAGAUAUUUUUUGAAGCCUUGAAAUGUUUGUCUCUUUGCAAUCAUACAUAUUUGCAUAUUAUCCAAACGAAUAAAUUAUUCAUAGCUGGGGUUUUUAGGGGUCAGUAGAACAGAGAUAUGCAAACAGUUGUCACUUAAACAAUUACCAUUUUUAAAUUUGUAGAUAACUACCGUCUUACAAACAGGAAGUGGGAGCGAUUAACUUCUGCUGUUCUCACAAUCGUAAAAGAUCCCUCUCUUACUAAAGUGUUUCUUAGGUUCAUUAUUUUCUUUUCGUUUUUUUUCCUUUACUUUGUUUUUAUUGUUUUAUAUUUACCUAUUUUCUAUUGAAUACAGGAGGACUUUCUUACCUUUGUGAGAAGAAGACACAAUCUGGUUUACGGGAACGACACGAGUUGCAACACUUCUGUGAACAGAGAGCAAAUUGCAGACGCAGUCCGAAAGUUGGAGGAGGCUAUCUUUUUCUAAACGAGACAAAACAAGGCAACCCCAGCCAAACAUACAUAUAAAAAAAUGAGAAAACUUAGAAAAAAAAGACAAAAGUUAUAAACGAAAUCAUGUGAAAAAAAGGAAGGAGGAAAGACGCGUACAUCG